GACACGUUUACUGCCACCACACACACACACACACACACACACACACACACAUUGAUGUCCUAUACACGCAGAGUAAAUGUAAUGCCAUAGAACAGUAAAGCAGCCAAAUGGAUGUAUUUGGGUAGAAGCCAAAGUAUACCACUUAUCCUCCUAUAGCCAAAUACACCUCUGUCAAAUAUUAUUUAUCCUUGCAUGUUAACAUCCUCUUUAAACAACUCACACAUAAAUAGUUGUCUUUGUUAGCUCAACUAGUGGUCUUUAGUUUUACUAUUUCGUUUUUAGACUUGAUCUUUAGUAUUUUACCAUAUACAGAUAAUCAUGCCAUGACAGUGUCUCUCUUAGAAACAGUAAUAGUUCAACUAGCUGAUGAUGCAGGAUACAAAAUAAUAAUAAUAAUAUGAAUAACUUGGUGAACCGUUUCUGCCUAUUCACGCAACGCGUCCCCUUUAAUGUGCAUCUCGAGGCGCGGCGCGCGCGGGGCUCUUUGUUUUGCGCGCCAACGUCCAACCGCAGCCCGCGCGUUUUAGCGCCAAACCAGCUGAUGAUGUGAGACUUGAGGGAAACGGAGAGAGAAAGAGAAAAACAGACAGAGACAGAUAUUAGACGCAUCAUGUCUGUUUAACUUCUAGUGAGCUCCGGAGAGAAGGGCGGAGAGCAACAAUAAGGAUCCGUUUUCUGUGUUUAUGAGGAGGAGACGCGUCAGGUCCCCCAGCACCAACCCCAGCGGAGAGAGCAGCGCGGCGGAUCCCCCAGCAUCAACCCCAGCGGAGAGAGCAGCGCGGCGGAUCUCCCAGCAUCAACCCCAGCGGAGAGAGCAGCGCGGCGGAUCCCCCAGCACCAACCCUAGCGCGGCAGAGCGACAGAGCAGCGCGGCAGAGAGAGAGAGCGGCAUCGGGGUGAUUGUUGCGUUGUUGCAUGUCUUCUCUCUCUGAAUGCUGAAUGCCUAGAGAGCGGCGAGCUUGACUAACUAGGCUGAUUAUGAUGACUGAAGUGGCAGCUGCUGUGAGCUGCUAUGAGCCUAGCGCAUGGAGGCUGCUGUGUUCUGCCUGUCUAUCUGAUAUGAUGAUCCGCACCGGAGAGAGCGAGGUGCUGCGGCUACAGAGCAUGUUGUCAGAGCCACCUGCCGCUCCUAGCGGGCACUGACUGGUUCUACCCUGGUUCUACCCUGGUUCUACCCUGGUUUAUAGGCGUAUCUGCUGCUAAUAGAGAGACACACAUACUGAACACAGUCAGUAAAACAGACUACAGUAUGGUGGUGAUGAUAGUGAUGAUGAUGGUGAUGAUGAUGAUGAUGAUGUUUGAUAGUUGUUGCAUGAACUUGGAUGAACAGGUGUGUCUCUCAUCACACAUAUAAUAUAGCUCUGCUGUUUUCAUCCCUAUUGAAAACGGCCACUAUCCUCCCCUGUGUCUUCACAGAUCUCCGCUAAAGGACUAGCUACAUUACCUUACCGCUGUUCCAGGCAGCGUGAUAACCAAAAGGACAAGAAGAACGAGUCUUAUUCUGCUGAUCCCUGCAUCUCUGGGACAUAUUUUUUUUUAAAGUGCUCUCUGUAUGAAAAGCGUCCCUCCCUGCGCACCACCACCAUCGCCCCUUCACCCACAGAACGGGUACCAACUGGUGGCUGAGCAGAGGCAGCAGAGGCUGAGAAGGGAGGUGGCGAGUGCUCCGAGGCAGGCAGCCUCAAACGCAGCCCUCCCCCUCUCCCUCCAGACAGACGCCCCCCGGGGGUGAAUGUGAUAUAUGGCCGGCUCCAUGGUUACCGUGGGCUGUGACUUAUAGCGCCCCGCCACACCGGAGGAGGGGGGUUCUCCAUCUCUCUCCACAACGACCUUCACGUGGUGUUUUUUUUUGUUUUGUUUUUUUAAUCUCCGAGCAGAUCGUCUUCCCCCCGGAGCUGUAAACACGUCCUCCUGCCCCGCAGCUGCCCAGUGCGCAGGUGCCAAUAGAAACAGAUCGCCCCCCCCCCUCCUUCCCCCUCUGCCCUCUUCCUCCACCAUGACGGUUGCUACGGGUGACCUGGGGGAUGAGGCGGCGGCCCAUCCCGGUGACCUGUACGAACCAGAACCGGACUACGAGUGCUGUGAACGCGUUGUCAUCAACAUCUCCGGGCUGCGCUUCGAGACGCAGCUGAAGACCCUCUCCCAGUUCCCUGAGACCCUGCUGGGGGACCCCAAGAAGAGAAUGAGGUACUUUGACCCUCUGAGGAACGAGUAUUUCUUCGACAGGAACCGGCCCAGCUUCGACGCUAUCCUCUAUUACUACCAGUCAGGAGGGAGGCUGCGUCGGCCGGUUAACGUCACUCUAGACAUCUUCUCCGAGGAGAUCCGCUUCUACGAGCUGGGAGAGGAGGCAAUCGAGAUCUUCAGGGAGGAUGAGGGCUUCAUCAAGGAGGAAGAGCGUCCUCUCCCAGAGAACGAGUUCCAGAGACAGGUGUGGCUGCUGUUUGAGUAUCCAGAGAGUUCCGGCGCGGCCCGCAUCAUCGCCAUCAUCAGCGUCAUGGUGAUCCUGAUCUCCAUCGUGUCCUUCUGCCUGGAGACACUCCCCGUGUUCCGGAACGACGAAGAGGACGAUGGGAACAAGGUGUUCCAGCCCUUCAACAACUCCACCUCUUCCUCCACCUCCUCCUACUUCACCGAUCCGUUCUUCAUCCUGGAGACGCUCUGCAUCAUCUGGUUCUCCUUCGAGUUCCUCGUCCGCUUCUUCGCGUGUCCUAGUAAAGCCGGGUUCUUCGGUAACAUCAUGAAUAUCAUCGAUAUUGUGGCGAUUAUCCCGUAUUUCAUCACGUUGGGCACAGAGCUGGCAGAGAAACCGGAGGACGGGCAGGCAGGGCAGCAGGCCAUGUCCCUGGCCAUCCUCAGGGUCAUCCGUCUGGUCAGGGUGUUCAGGAUCUUCAAGCUGUCCAGACAUUCCAAGGGGCUCCAGAUCCUGGGCCAGACCCUGAAGGCCAGCAUGCGGGAGCUGGGCCUCCUCAUCUUCUUCCUCUUUAUCGGAGUCAUCCUCUUCUCCAGCGCCGUCUACUUCGCCGAGGCCGACGAGGCGGACUCGCAGUUCAGCAGCAUCCCAGAAGCCUUCUGGUGGGCCGUGGUUUCUAUGACCACCGUCGGCUACGGCGACAUGGUGCCCACCACCAUCGGCGGGAAGAUCGUGGGCUCGCUCUGCGCCAUCGCCGGCGUGCUGACCAUCGCCCUGCCCGUCCCCGUCAUCGUGUCCAACUUCAACUACUUCUACCAUCGGGAGACGGAGGGGGAGGAGCAAGCGCAGUAUCUGAACACUCCCGUCGCCCCGAAGGCCGACUCAGCCGAGGACCUGAAGAAGAGCGGCCGCAGCAGGAGCGGAUCCACCCUCAGUAAGUCAGACUACAUGGAGAUACAGGAAGCUGCACUGAACCACAGCACGGAGGACUUCAGAGCAGAGAGCCUCAAGACGGGCAACUGCACCCUGUUGGCUAAUGCUAGCACCCUGUUGGCUAAUGCUAGCACGGGUGCUAAUGCUAACACAUUGGCUAACACCAACUACGUCAACAUCACCAAGAUGAGAACGGAUGUAUAGCCUGCUUCUGGCGUUAUAACGGCGACUUCCUUGGCUGUAGAGGUGCAGGGGGACUGGAAGGAAAGAGUAGGGAGGAGAGGACUGAGGAAAGACCCCUACUCUCUCUGAUGUUGUAGAAGGCUUGCAGUCCCUACUGUGGGAGUCUAGACUGGAUCACUAAAACCCUGGUAAGAGUAGAGGUCCUGCAUCUCACCCCCCAAACGGAUCUGUUCCUAACUCAACCCCUUGCCCUUCCUUCUCCUGUUGGGAGUUGAAGCGUCUUUGUGUGUUGGGUGACUGCAUGGCGUUAGUCUGGCCUGUGUGACUGUUCAGCUGUCCAGUAGUCAUCUACCUGCUCCGCUCGCUACAGUAGCCCGAUAGCAGCCCAACUGCCGACUGGGACUAGGCUAUAUAAACACACUGACAGCAAAGCAUGACCACACCCUUGUCUUAUUCCACACUCUGCUGGUCCCGUCAGCACAGAUCUAGCAUCAGCCUGCACUGAACAAAUCCUAGCCGUAACCGGUAGGAGAUAUACUGCAAAACUGACCUCAGAUCAGCCUCUCAUCUCCUAACUACUUAGCUCUAACUGCCAGCCCUGAACCUCUCUCCCACCCCGUACCCCCUGAACA